UCCUACCCUACCCACCACUGACGUCUCCCGUCCCCGUCUUGGGCCGGCUCUGUCAGAUCCAAACAAGCCAACGUAGGAAUGGGGCUCAAGGAAUUCACCCUUCCCCGCCGUGCAAGGCCGAAUGCCAAGCCACAAGGCGGGUAGGGAAGGGCAACCCAAUUGAUUCAACCUUCCCCGUGCAAGUAGGUUUUCUACUUUUGUCAUCUUUUCUGUUCGACGAAAGUUCUCUGAGACAGAAGGAAGGAAGCAAAGGAGGGGGUGCUGCCGCCAUGAUGCUUCGCAGUGAUAACAAGGUCAGGCUCCUUGAUUUGGGGCGACGGUGCUUGUCGAAGGUGGUGGAUCUGGCGCACCUGCCGACUCCAGUGGACCUGGGCCACCUCGACUCCGUCUGGUCGACGCCAGACCUGCUCGCGUCCUACACUGUUACACCUCCCGUCCGGCCUUGGCCCUCCCCGCUUACCAGUCGCCGCCUCGCCGCUCUCAUCAGCCGCCUCAAAGACCCCCACCUCGCCCUCCGCGCCUUCCUUCACGCCGCCCGCUUCACCCCGGGAUUCUCCCCCUCGUACCCUCCCUACCACGCCCUCAUCCUCCGCCUCGCCUCCGCCCGCGCCUUCCCUCUCCUUCCUCCAGUCAUCUCCGCCCUCCGGCGUUCCGGUCUGCGCCCUUCCGAGGACGCCUUCAUCGCCCUCAUCCGCGCCUACUCCCUCGCCAGCCGCCCCGCUGCCGCCCUCCGUUCUUUCCUUUCCAUCCCCUCCUUCGGUCUCCGCCCGUCCGUCCGCUCCUUCAACGCCCUCCUGAACGCUAUGGUCCAGAAUCGCCGGCUCGACCUCGUCGCCCUCCUCUUCCGCAACUGUCGCUCUAAGUUUGGGAUCAUCCCCAACGUCUGCACCUGCAACAUCCUCCUCAAGGCCCUCUGCAAGCUUGGCGAUGUACGCCGCGCCCUCCGCGUCCUUGAUGACAUGCCCGGAUGGGGCAUUGUCCCCAACGUUGUCUCCUACACCACAAUUCUCGCCUUCUACUGUGUCAAGGGCGACCUGCCCGCCGCCCGGGAGCUCUUUGAUCGGAUAAUUGCCCGUGGCUGGACCCCAGAUGUCACCACGUACACUGUCCUCAUCGACGGAUACUGCCGCCAGGGCCGCCUCGUCGAUGCCACCAAAUUGAUGGAUGAGAUGGAGGCUGCAGGUAUCACCUCAAACGACAUCACCUAUUCUGUUGUGAUCGAGGCAUGCUGCAAGGAUAAAAGGUCAGGAGAAGCAUUGAAUUUACUCGAUGACAUGCUGCAAGGGAAGUACAUACCAAGCUCAUCAUUGUGCUGUAAGGUGAUUGACACAUUGUGCGAGGAUGGAAAGGUGGAAGAUGCUUGUUGGAUGUGGAGGAAGCUUUUGAAGAAGAACGUCACUCCUGAUAAUUCCAUCUCCAGCACACUCAUUUAUUGGCUAUGCAAGGAAGGGAAGGUCUUGGAGGCAAGGAAGCUAUUCGACGAGUUUGAGAGGCGGUUUAUCCCGAGCUUACUGACGUAUAACACUCUCAUUUCUGGAAUGUGUGAGAACGGGGAGCUGCAGGAGGCAGGGAGGUUAUGGGAUGACAUGGUCGAGAGGAGAUGUUCACCUAAUGUGUUCACCUACAACAUGCUUAUAAAAGGGUUUUGCAAAGCACGGAACGUAAGGGAGGGGGUUAGGAUCUUGGAUGAAAUGUUGGAGAAAGGAUGCCUGCCAAAUAAGUCCACAUUUGGAAUGUUGGUUGAUGGACUUCCUGAUUCUGGUGAUGAGGAAGAACUUGAUAGGAUUCUUCAAAUUGUCGAUUCAAGUAGAAGAAAUGUUUUUGAUGAGGAUGUUUGGGAUAUAUUUGUAAGGAAAGUUGUCACUGGUUCUGAGAAUGUCAGAGAGCAUAUUUCUGCAGUACUGAAGACAUAAUCAUUGAAUCGGGCCGUUAUCUUUUCUUUGAAAAGCUUUAGGUGGCAUUCUAUUUUGUGGCCAAACAUGAGGAAAUGUUUCAGUUGGUAACACAAAUUUGAUGUAGAAAGGGGUAUCUGAAGACAUUAGAUCAUGGCAGUAUGCUAGAUUUCUUCAUAAUCUGUCAAUUCGAGUCAACAAUAGUCAUGAAAGAUCCCAUGAGGAGCCAUCUUCUGGAAUGGUACCCAUCACUGUGGAGAUUUCUUCCCAGCAGACAUUCGAUCGGACCAUGAUCAAGAGGUGAUUCAUGGAUGGGAAUAUGACUUGCCUCUGACCUUGACCAUUCUCAAUAUUGGGUUCUUUCAGCCUAACAUCAUGUUUAAGAAGUUCAUUUAGUGGAAAGAGUGGAAAUACAUCAUAAAUACCUCUUCAAUAAAAUCUUUGGUUUGGGCUAUUAGGAGUUGCUAAGUAGCUUGUCCCAGCUGCAGGAGCUCUGUGAGGAGAAAUAUGGUGAUGGAGGAUUACUUGUUGCUUGGAAGUACUAGUUCAGACAUAAGGGAACAUGACUUGUGGCUUCUUCAAUUAUUGGCAAAAGAUAGUGAUGACAACAAUAUAAACUUUUGUUAAUUAUAACUCUGUGAUUUUCCUUUUAAUACUUAAUACAAUAUGACAGUACUGGGUAGGCUGGAUGUCGAGAUGCCUCUUUUCCUUUUGUUUCAGUAAGCAUUUCUCCUAUGUAUUGUACAUAUAUACUGAUAAUGGCUGCUAGUUAGGUGGUAGCAGCUCUUGAGGUCAUGUAGAAUAAAUUUUUUUGACAGUUUGAGAAACGCAAAAGUGAAAAUGCUGCUGAAUCCAUUGUGAAAU